AUAGGUUUUCCAAAGAAAGUUAAAUAUAUAUAUGGCAAGAGAAAGCAAAGAAUGAUAAGGAAAGGUAGGUAUGCCUUAAAUAAUUUCCGUUGGUGCCAAUGAAAUCUCUAAAGUCAAUUUCUGAUCAGUGUAUAUUAUAUAAACAAACAUGCAAAGGUAUAUUGAGGAAAACUGGUUUAAUAUACACAUGUCAGUUUGGGGAAGUAUAUCAGAUCUACUUAAAGUGCUUUUUUUGGAAAACAUGUCCUUCUCACCUGAUUGCUGCUGGAGGAGAGAACAAGAUCUGGAAGGGAGGGGGUUUUAAUGUUGAAAAGUCUCUGAUGAUUCUGAUUUACUUCCUUGAGUUUAGAUCCACAUGUUUAGUUGGUGAUUCACUGAGCUUCUGCAAAGGUCAGAGCACAUGUUCCACAGAAAAACUCACCUCUGAAAGACUCUCCCACUCCUGUAGUGGGAGGUGUUACCUAAUUGGGAAGGUUCUCAUCUAUAUAUCACACUUAUUUGGGAUUGCUGUCGGCCUCAUAGUCAAAGGAAUCCUGGGAAUGACGGAUGAUACAGGAAGAGAGGAAGGGAGGUUAGUUCCAAUAUUUUGACAGAUGAAAACAGGUAUUUUUCCAGGUGGGGAGCCAAAAAUCACAAAGAUCUUGGUGUAUUCCAGAAGAGAAUGUCCUAAUCUCUGCAUAGAUUUCUUUUCUUUUUACUACAGAAUGGCCUUAAAUGACCAGGUAAAGUGGAGGAUGAGAGUUCAGAAAGGCUUUCUUGCCUUCAGAGAAAAGGGCAAGAGAGAGGGGAAAGGCUGAGAACUGUCUGUAUUUCAGGAUCCAGGUCAAGGGGCCAACGAGAAAUAAGAAGGCCACUCUUGGUAUUGUUUCUUAUAUCCUAUUGCCAAAGGCUCCCAUAGAAAGAACUGGGCUGUAAGGGCCUGUGAAGGAGGAUUAGGUGGUGAGUAACAUCUCCAUAUAGUCAGUAUAUUUUAAACCUGGAAAGCAUGGCGGGAGACACGGGGAAGAGCCAGACUUGACCACUGUCUAAGAAACCCUGCUAGGAGUUUCAGCCCUACAGGUAACUCCUUUUUGCAAUGUCAGCACUACAGGACAAAGGUGGGAAAGAGGAAAGCACAUAAACCCCAGAUUCCUGCACUCAGAGAUUCAGAGGGCGGACUCACUGUAGCCUUUUAGGUGUUAGAGGGAAGGCCAGGGGUGCCUGAAACCCCUGCCCACUUUCUGGCUGCCCAGGGCCAAGGAGGGCCUGGUUAUAGGCCCAACUCAACAAACUUUUCCCCCAUGCAUCCUUUUACCACACCACACCCAGGCAUCACAGAAAAAUGACCCAAUUACUCAGCCUCCUACCUUAAUUGUGGGACACACAGUGACUAAGUGUUCCCAAUUGCCUAUUUCUUCCUGCCCCAGCUUUGCCUUGACCAAACAUGAGUCAGGCUUCUCUCCAGCAGGUCCCUGGACUUUAGCUUGCCCCUCAAAUCUGAGCAAGAACUAAAAUGUGAAACAUUCACCGUUGUUAGCUUAUCUUCCAAAUUCUUGGACCACAGAGACACAUUUCUUGUUCAACCAUGAGGGUCUUGAAGCGAGUUUUUCUCCCAUCUACUUGGCUUUUCCUGUUGCGUGCUCCCUUUAUAUAUACAGGGGGAAAAAAAAAAGCCGAUUUCUGUUUGGUUUUGAGAGGCUUGCAGAUUUCUGAGAUCAGAGCGUUUUCCCUGUUUCAAUAGUCUUUCUUUCUAAUGAAAGUCUCCCUAUCUUAUCUAAGUUCGGAUUCGUUUCUGUUUGACGUUAAUGUGUAGCUAAGAGUGAUCCCAGGUGAGUCUGAGCCACCUUGGUGGGGAAUGAAGCCUGGAGCAUCGGAGCAUUUGUCUUUUUCUGAGAAAAGGCAAGGAAGCCUGAAAUGCACAGCUCUCCCUUGAACUUCAACUUACUAAAGGGGAAUGAAUUUCUAAAGGAGGAGGUUCCAGUCUAGGGCUGUAGGGGCCUCUGGGCAAAGGAAGUGCUGGUUGAAAAACACCAUUGUGAUCACUUCUAGCGGCGAAGGGUGUGCUUGGGAACGGUUCGGGGAGGGGACAGAAGAGAGAGGGUGGGGAUGGACGGCAGCAGAAGUAGGAGGUACACGAGGAGUUACUGGUAACGGCGCUUCAGUGGAGGAGCCGGGGGGGAUGGGAAGUAGGGGGAGGGGGGCCCUGUUGCCUCAGCGCCCAGAGGUCGUGGAGCGGCAGCAGGGGCGGCCGGAGCAGCAGCAACAACAGCAACAGCGAGCGGGACGGAGUUAGGACCGCUCGGAGCGCACAGGUCUUGAGGUAGUAUAAGGUUUGCUAUCCUUCCACUUGCUGGCAGUUGCAGAAGAAGAUCUGCUUUUUAAGUGAAACGUACAUGCCACCCCUCCAAGGGCUGCGGCUUCCCCGGGCUUGCUUCUUUGCCGCUCCCCUUUCCGGCUCUAGCGCUCACUCUUUAAUUGGCACUGGCCCCUAAGUUUGCCAGGAGCUCGCUGCCCGCUCGGAGCAGGGUCCCGGCCGGACGCCGCGGGCGGGGGCGGGGAGCCCGGGAGCCGCAAUCCAGAAGCGUCGUGGGCCAUGUAUAUUUCAUCAAACGGACUUUGGGUGCGUCGCGUCUCGCAGCCAUCAGCGCUAUGUGCAGUGACAUUUCUGACUUGAGUGGAGGAAUGCGCGAAGGAAGCCCGGGCGAAAUUGGUACUAGAGGAUCUUCUUGGCGCCAAUGCUAAUUGUCCUGAUUUAUGCCCCUUCUGACUAAGCUCAACGUCUUCAUCUGAAAUAAAAUGAAAGCGGUGCCAAGCGGCAUAGAACCGCCUGGCCGCUGGUUCUGAUCCCCGGGAACUAGAAAAUCGUCCUGCGGCUUGAAAAAAAAAAAAAAAAGGAAAAAAAAAAAGAAAAAAAGAAAUAGAAAUAGAAAAAAGAAAAAAUAUCCCUCAGUAAAAGUUUAAGGCGAGAAGUGUCAGAAGCAGCGGCGCGAGGAGGCGCGGAGGAGAGCCGGCGAGCAGCGGACUGGGCUGGCACGACCUCCGAAGGCUGCAAUCUCAUUAUUAAUAUCACUAUAUUUUUGGAGGGAGAGGCACCUUUCUCAUCCUCUCUUCCUCUCCGCCCACCCUUACUCCCUCCCCCUCAUCUACCUGUCAAAGUCACUGAUCUUUUGCAUUUCGGAAGAGGACGUCAACGGGAAGGAAUUCCCCCUCUGGGUGCCGGCUCCAAGAGGGGGCGACGUGCAGGAGUCUCCCCCGGGGGUGGAGGCGAAGGGUGUUGGUGCCAGAAGAAAAGAAUGAUUGAUGGGAAACAGACACCAGGCUAUGGACACUCAUCCUUUUGCUUCAGAUACUGAUAUCUCAGCCUGCCUGAGCAUCCCUUGUGAGCUGUGAACAUUGAGGAUCACUCAGGGUUAUUGGAUAUACAACGGGAGAGCCAUCACUUUGUUAAAUUAUUAUCGGCAGUUGGACAUAUUUUACAAAAACCAAACUAGACCUGAGUCUAAUAGAUAUGUUCUAGGACAAAGAAAAAGCUACAAGUUGUUAACGCCUAACACACAAGUAUGUUAGGCUUCCACCAAAGUCCUCAAUAUACCUGAAUACGCACAGUAUCUUAACUCUUCAUUUUCGGUUUUGGGAUCUGCUUUGAGGUCCCAUCCUCAUUUUUUAAAAGAAUACACAGACCUACCUACCCAUAUACAUACAUACAUAUAUGUACAUAUAUGUAAACUAGACAAAGAUCGCAGAUCAUAAAACAAGCUCUGCUUUAGUUUCCAAGAAGAUUACAAAGAAUUUAGAGAUGUAUUUGUCAAGAUUCCUGUCGAUUCAUGCCCUUUGGGUUACAGUGUCCUCAGUGAUGCAGCCCUACCCUUUGGUUUGGGGACAUUAUGAUCUGUGUAAGACUCAGAUUUACACAGAAGAAGGGAAAGUUUGGGAUUACAUGGCCUGCCAGCCGGAAUCCACGGACAUGACAAAAUAUCUGAAAGUGAAACUCGAUCCUCCGGAUAUUACCUGUGGAGACCCUCCUGAGACAUUCUGUGCAAUGGGUAAUCCCUACAUGUGCAAUAAUGAGUGUGAUGCGAGUACCCCUGAGCUGGCACACCCCCCUGAGCUGAUGUUUGAUUUUGAAGGAAGACAUCCCUCCACAUUUUGGCAGUCUGCCACUUGGAAGGAGUAUCCCAAGCCUCUCCAGGUUAACAUCACUCUGUCUUGGAGCAAAACCAUUGAGCUAACAGACAACAUAGUUAUUACCUUUGAAUCGGGGCGUCCAGACCAAAUGAUCCUGGAGAAGUCUCUCGAUUAUGGACGAACAUGGCAGCCCUAUCAGUAUUAUGCCACAGACUGCUUAGAUGCUUUUCACAUGGAUCCUAAAUCCGUGAAGGAUUUAUCACAGCAUACGGUCUUAGAAAUCAUUUGCACAGAAGAGUACUCAACAGGGUAUACAACAAAUAGCAAAAUAAUCCACUUUGAAAUCAAAGACAGGUUCGCGUUUUUUGCUGGACCUCGCCUACGCAAUAUGGCUUCCCUCUACGGACAGCUGGAUACAACCAAGAAACUCAGAGAUUUCUUUACAGUCACAGACCUGAGGAUAAGGCUGUUAAGACCAGCCGUUGGGGAAAUAUUUGUAGAUGAGCUACACUUGGCACGCUACUUUUACGCGAUCUCAGACAUAAAGGUGCGAGGAAGGUGCAAGUGUAAUCUCCAUGCCACUGUGUGUGUGUAUGACAACAGCAAACUGACAUGUGAAUGUGAGCACAACACUACAGGUCCAGACUGUGGGAAAUGCAAGAAGAAUUAUCAGGGCCGACCUUGGAGUCCAGGCUCCUAUCUCCCCAUCCCCAAAGGCACUGCAAAUACCUGUAUCCCCAGUAUUUCCAGUAUCGGUAAUCCUCCAAAGUUUAAUAGGAUAUGGCCGAAUAUUUCUUCCCUUGAGGUUUCUAACCCAAAACAAGUUGCUCCCAAAUUAGCUUUGUCAACAGUUUCUUCUGUUCAAGUUGCAAACCACAAGAGAGAUUGUGAAUGCUUCGGCCACUCCAAUCGAUGCAGUUAUAUCGAUCUGCUAAAUACAGUCAUUUGCGUGAGCUGUAAACACAACACUAGAGGGCAGCACUGUGAGUUAUGCAGGCUGGGCUACUUCAGAAAUGCUUCUGCACAACUGGACGAUGAGAAUGUGUGCAUAGAGUGUUAUUGUAACCCUUUGGGCUCAAUCCAUGAUCGUUGUAAUGGCUCAGGAUUUUGUGAGUGUAAGACUGGAACAACAGGGCCUAAGUGUGAUGAGUGUCUGCCGGGAAAUUCCUGGCACUACGGCUGUCAACCGAAUGUCUGCGACAACGAGCUCCUGCACUGCCAGAACGGAGGGACGUGCCACAACAACGUGCGCUGCCUGUGCCCGGCCGCAUACACGGGCAUCCUCUGCGAGAAGCUGCGGUGCGAGGAGGCUGGCAGCUGCGGCUCCGACUCUGGCCAGGGUGCGCCCCCGCACGGCUCCCCAGCGCUGCUGCUGCUGACCACGCUGCUGGGAACCGCCAGCCCCCUGGUGUUCUAGUUGUCACCUCCAGCCACACCGAACGGGCCUGUGCCGUGGGAAAGCAGACACAACCCAAACAUUUGCUACUAACAUAGGAAACACACACAUACAGACACCCCCACUCAGACAGUGUACAAACUAAGAAGGCCUAACUGAACUAAGCCAUAUUUAUCACCCGUGGACAGUACAUCCGAGUCAAGACUGUUAAUUUCUGACUCCAGAGGAGUUGGCAGCUGUUGAUAUUAUCACUGCAAAUCACAUUGCCAGCUGUAGAGCAUAUUGUGGAUUGCUAAGGCUGCGACAACCCCCAAACAGGAAAGACAAAAAACAAAUCAACCGACCUAAAAACAUUGGCUACUCUAGCGUGGUGCGCCCUAGUACGACUCCGCCCAGUGUGUGGACCAACCAAAUAGCAUUCUUUGCUGUCAGGUGCAUUGUGGGCAUAAGGAAAUCUGUUACAAGCUGCCAUAUUGGCCUGCUUCCGUCCCUGAAUCCCUUCCAACCUGUGCUUUAGUGAACGUUGCUCCGUAACCCUUGUUGGUUGAAAGAUUUCUUUGUCCGAUGUUAGUGAUGCACAUGUGUAACAGCCCCCUCCAAAAGUGCAAGCCAGUCAUACCCCUGUAUAUCUUAGCAGCACUGAGUCCAGUGCGAGCACACACCCACUAUACAAGAGUGGCUAUAGGAAAAAAGAAAGUGUAUCUAUCCUUUUGUAUUCAAAUGAAGUUAUUUUUCUUGAAAUACUGUAAUAUGUAGAUUUUUUGUAUUAUUGCCAAUUUGUGUUACCAGACAAUCUGUUAAUGUAUCUAAUUCAAAUCAGCAAAGACUGACAUUUUAUUUUGUCCUCUUUCGUUCUGUUUUGUUUCAUUGUGCAGAGAUUUCUCUGUAAGGGCAACGAACGUGCUGGCAUCAAAGAAUAUCAGUUUACAUAUAUAACAAGUGUAAUAAGAUUCCACCAAAGGACAUUCUAAAUGUUUUCUUGUUGCUUUAACACUGGAAGAUUUAAAGAAUAAAAAUUCCUGCAUAAACGAUUUCAGGAAUUUGUAUUGCAAUUUCUUAAGAUGAAAGAAGCAGCCACCAAGCAGUUUCACACUCAGUUUACUGAUUUCUGUGUGGACUGAAUACAUUCAGCUGACGAAUUUAGUACCCAGGAAGAUGGAUUGAUGUUCACUAGCUUGGACAACUUCUGCAAAAUAUGAGACUAUUUCCACUUGGGAAAAAUUACAACAGGAAAAAAAAAAAAUCUAAGUGAUUGCCAAGAUUAUGCCAAAGCCUGUUGGCAGAGUACUAAGAGACUUUUAUUUUUAAGUCAUGCUAUUUUCACAGAUUGAUGGUGAUCAUGUGACUCUAGGGAUGCUGAUCUAUGUAUCUUUCCAAAUACAGUGUUUACAUGGAGUAUCAUAAGAGGCAACCUGGGGAACCAGGAAAGGAGCAGGGAAAUUGAAUGAUUUGCAAUUUGACUUUGAAUAUAUUCAGACUUAAGUAUUUAGAGGAAAUAUCAAAAUAUAAAGCAGCAAGUAGACAUAACUGCUGUUCCUGAGAAUAAAGUUUGUUUUAAGUACUGCCCAAGGUGUAAUAAAUUCUUGUUUCUGCCUUUUAUUAGGCCAAUUACUGUGCAAGACAGCAAGGGGAGGCAGGUGGGGAAGAACCUUUGCAAAGUUUCAAAGAGGCUAAAACAGUGUGCAUUUUGUUCCCAGCACACUGUUGUCCUACAGGUUACAAAUGUGUUAGCAGCAGCAUCUUCUGGAAUCAAAAACAAUUAUCAGCCUGAACCAGAAUCUUAAGGACAAUGAAAUUCUGCAUGACUUGGUGGAACAAUAACCUAUGAUAAUGUCAGGUCAGAAGCCUAGUUCCAGUCUGAAUUCUUCACCCUGCUGCCACUCCUUGCUGAAGCAGGGAAGGGGGGAGGAAUGUCUCCUGAUAAAUAACCUGGGUAAAAACUAGAUGAAGGAACAGCAUGUCUUAUUGGUUUUGUUCCCAGAAAAGCCAAUUCAAAGAAGGCAAUAAAAGGUAAACAGGUAAUGCCUGUGCCGCCUGCCACCCCACGUCUAAGUCUAUUGAAUGUUUGUUAUUCAAACCAACGGUCUCUUUUGAUGUAAGAAAUAAGGAAAGAUGGAAAUAAAUUAGAGCUUAGGCUUAGUGCCAGAGUGGCCAACCAGAAAUUGGAGAUUUACAUUGGAAGCAUAAAUAGAAAAUUACAUUUCAGGCUCACCAAAGAAACACAGGAAAAUGCUGAUAACAUAGGGAGUUUAAGAUUAUUUAUAAUGAGGUGGAUUUAUGAUAUUAAAAUUGGAGUUUAAGUUGUCUUAUACUUUAUUAACACAAACCAAAGGCAGCCCGUGUUAUUUCUGGCAAUGAUGCACUUUACCGUUAUCUGCUCACGGCUUUGUCGCAAUGCUCAGGAAUCAGACACUGCACACCUCAAUAGUUGGGAUUCCAAAAGCUAAUUCUAAAAUUUAAUGAAGGCCUGAUUUAAACUGAUUCAUCUGCAUUUUAUCUUUAUGAGGCUAUAAGAAUCUAAAUUGAUGAGGAAUAUCUUUCCUUCAGUGUAUUUAGAUAUAGUUUUCUGAAUUUCCUGAAGCGAUGUGAUCUGCUUUUAAUAAAAAUUCACUUUUAGGUAUACAGCAAAUGGAAAUGAAAUGUUCUUUUUAAAUCUGGAUUCUCAAGUUCUUCUAAAGGAGCUACUCCUUUGAAGAAACCUCAACUCAGUGGACUUGAUUCAUCUGUUACUUGCCAGCAUUCUUACAAAGCUGGUUCCAUCUACAGUGUUACGCCCUAAGAACAGGAUUGGGGUGAAAAGCAGGUACUCAGUUGUUCAUACAUUUGAGGUCCUAAUUCUUGUUAUUUUUUCCCUUUGAUAGAUCCCUUAAAGUCGGUUAAUAUAGUCUUGCAUAUGAGUUAAUCUGUCAACUUUCCCACAUGGAACUGAUAUAAUUCCUUCUGUCAAUACUAUUGAUGGGCAUAACAUUUCAAAAAAAUGGGACAAAGGUUCAGCUAUCCAGAAAGAUUUGCUAUUUAUAGGAAGAUAAUGGACAUGCCCUGCUGUGAUGUAAGAGUUAUUUAUUUCUGACCCUGUACACAGCCUAGAGGAAUAAUUUAGUCCAGCAAAGAGGGGACCUUCCUUAGAGAGACCCAUUCUGUCUCUCCUCCAGCUUUCUCCCAGAUAUCAGGAACCUAGAGUUUCCUACUCAGAUAACCCCCCACACACACACUUUUAGGCCAAAUGUGGGCCCCCUCUGGGGGUUUAAACUCCUGAAGGCAGGCACCAUCUUGAGUGCAUAUACCUGGGCACAGGGAGCGGCAAAGGGUGCAUCUGUGUGGGUGGAUUAGGGCCUGGGGCCUGGAGUGUUCACUGUGGAAUUUACACACAAACAAGGAGAAACAACUUACAGUGAAAACAAGAGUCCAGGGCUGAAAAAUAAGGGGAUGAGGGUAGGAAGGAGAUAGACAAGGGCUACCACGAGGCCGGGGGCCAGUACAGAACACUGAACAGUCUAAGAAUUCUAAAUCUAUACCUGGGCUUCCAAGGGUUAAGAAAGCAUCAUGUGUCAAAGUGGCAGGAUGGAAGAUAAUUGAAGAAUUUGUUAGCUUUAUGCAUGACUUUUAAAUACUUAGACAUGUGGCGUGCGGUCCUCCAUUGGUACUUUUGCACAAGGUCCUGCAACAUUUGGGGUCGAUCUGCCUGAGGUGCCCUGAGUCAGAUCCCUAAGUUGGCACAAACUGCUCACCAGGUAACACAAAGAAAGGUCCCGGUUGGAAGAAGGCAUCUGCUCCACAGUUCAGCUGACCCUGUAGUUAAUGCUCUCCUCACCUUCUCUUGGACCUGUGGUCUGACCGGAGUAUAAGAAAUUUUGGAUGCAUUGGGGGACAACUGUGAGGAAAUCUUGACAUCGAAUGUUUUGUUCCAUCUCCUUUAUGCUCUACCAUCAAUAAUCCAGUAUGACUGGGAUGUAAAGACCCAGCAUUCUGAAAUGGAAUGCUCUGUACUAUAUGGGAAAUGGGUUGUUGUACUUUACCGGUUGUUAAACACUAAAUAAAAUACCUAUUUAACAGA